GAUCAUGAAUGAAUAUACUCCCGAUGUCCGGCGAAGAGCGUGGUAUUCGUCGAGGUGCAGUCUUGGCGGUUUCCCUCCGAUUUGCAGCCCCAUCUCACACCAUCUUCAGACGAGCAUCGAUAAUUCUGAAACCCCACCUUUAGACAAAUCCGUGUGCGGCAGCUCGUCUGCAACGUAUUAAAAUACGGACGCGAGUUCCUGUGUGCGUCCAGUUCUACCUGACGGUUAUUUUCAACCCUGUCUGGCAGAUUCGGCCUUAUCUGGAGACAUGAAGGAGGAAGUAGAAGUCGUCAUCUCCGGGGUAUCGGGUGCAUUUCCAGAAUGCAAGAAUGUUGCUGAGUUUGAAGAGGCUUUGUUCAAGAAAACAAACCUUGUUACGGAUGACAAACGCAAGUGGAAAGAAGACUACAAUUUUCCGACUCAUUGUGGCAAAGCACACAAUCACGAUAAGUUCGACGCUCUUUUCUUCAAUGUGACUCCCACUUUGUCGGCGUCGAUGGAUCUUAUGAUCAAACGUUGCUUGGAAACUUCUGUGGAAGCUGUAAUCGAUGCCGGAGUGAGUCCAGGGGUCUUGAAAGGAAGUCGAACUGCAGUUUAUUCGUGUUACGAUGCAAGCGAAGGAGAGAUUGGUGCCUUUUACUCGAUGAAUAGGAACUUUCUCCUUGGCACGGCUAGAUGUUUCAGCGCCAACAGAGUUUCGUUCGCUUUUGAUCUUACCGGACCUAGUUAUAUGACUCAAGGAGGUCGUGGAAUGCUGUUCCGAGCAUUCAAGCAAGCAAAAUUAGAUAUGCAAGAAGGAAGAAUCGACGCUGCAAUUAUAUCCGUUGGAAACGUCAUUCUAAGCAAAAGGUACCUCGAAAUUCUAGAUGGGAUGGGUUUCUCUGCGAGGGACGGGAAGUGCUGCCCUUUCGAUGAACAAGCUCACGGGUAUAAUUUGAGCGAGGGCUGGGUUGCAUUCUUUCUGCAGAAAGCAUCAGUUGCAAAGCGAUGCUAUGCGACGGUAAUCGGUUCGGAUCAGAAAUUUCUCGGCACGAAAUGCGGGGGCCUUUGCGCUUUCGACGGAAAACCGGCCAAGCAGAUGUUGCGCGAACUCUACUCGGAAUGGAAAGUUGAUCCAGGUCAAGUCACCUAUGUAGAAGCUGAGGGGUGUGGGGUUAAGGAGCUCGAUUUAAAGGAGAUUGAUGUUGUAGCCGAUGUUUUUUGCCGUGACCGGAAAGAACCGCUGUUGAUUGGAUCGGUGAAAUCAAACGCAGGUCACGCCGAUACAGCUGCGUGCGCCUUCGGGACGGUCAAAGCCCUCUUUGCUCUUACAAACUCGAAAAUCCCAGCGACCAUCAACACAACUUCACCGCUCCCACAACUGGAAUCCAAGGGAAUUCAAGUAGUGUCAGAAACGACAUCAUUGCCUGGCGAUCUUGUUGCCGUUAACUCUGUUGGAUUUGCGGGUCAGUUUGGACAUUUGCUUUUAAAAAAACGGCCACAGAGAGGAUCUUCAACUAAAAUUUCCGAGACACUGCCGCAAAUUCUGAUGAUGUCGUCACGGACAGAGAAAGGGAUUGCGGAGAUAAUGGAGCAUACAAAAUCGAUGAAUAUCACGCCAGAAUAUGCGGAUCUGGUGAACGGAGUCUUCCGAGACUUGAAACACCAUAAUCUCAGAGGAUACAUGAUCCUGUCUGCCAACGGCUUUAGGACCCCGCUCAAAUCUAAGAGGGUGGAUGGGGCUGAACGGCCAAUGUGGUGGGUUUUCUCAGGAAUGGGCUCUCAAUGGAAUCAGAUGGGCUCCCAACUUAUGCACAUCCCAAUUUUCCGUGGUGUCAUCGAUAGAUGCGACCGAGUCCUGAGGCCGCACGGUGUGGAUAUCAAGCACAUCAUAACCACGGAUGACACGAGCAUACUCGACAACAUUCUCAACUGCUUUGUCGGUAUCACUGCUGUCCAAAUAGGAUUGGUCGAAAUAUUGCGAGCUUUGGAGUUUGAACCUGAUAGAGUGAUUGGCCAUUCCCUAGGAGAACUUGCUUGUGCUUACGCGGACAAUUGCCUGACCCUCGAACAAACUAUUCUAGCUUCACACGCUCGUGGGAGAGCUUCAAUUGAAGCAAAGCUAGUCAAAGGAAUGAUGGCUGCAAUAGGAAUGAGCCAUAGUGAAAUAAUAAAUCAACUUCCGGAAACCAUCGAUGUCGCUUGUCACAAUUCUGACACAAGUUGUACAAUAUCGGGACCGACAGAAGAUGUUGAGAAAUUCGUCGCUGAGCUCAAAUCCAAAGGAAUUUUUGCUAAAAGUGUCAACGUCUCGAACAUAGCUUACCAUUCUCGAUACAUACAACCAGCCGCACCGAUCUUGAUGAAGUAUCUAAGAGAAGUGAUUCCUGAGAAAACGAAGCGAUCUGAGAAAUGGAUAACUACGUCAGUAUCGAAGGAGAACUUGAGCUCAGACCUGGCGGCCUACAGUUCUGCUGAGUACCACACGAACAAUCUCCUGAGCCCUGUCUUCUUCGAAGAUGUCCUAAGGUCCGUCCCAGCGCAGGCAGUGGUCAUUGAAAUCGCUCCUCACGGCUUGCUCCAGGCCAUCCUUAAAAGGGCGUUCCCUGACAGCAUUUCCAAUGUUUCGCUCACCAAUAGAUCCAAUCCAGACGGCGUGAAAUUCCUCUUGGAUGCCAUCGGAGAACUGUACCUUCUUGGAUACAAGCCGAAAGUAUCGGCGUUAUACCCUCCAGUGCAGUAUCCAGUUCCCCCGGAGACACCUAGCCUUCAACCUCUCGUCACAUGGGACCAUGCAGAAUCGUAUGCUCCUCCUAAGGUAUUGGACAUGAACAUACUAUCACAUUGCGAGCAAGUGAUUACUUUGAAAGAGAUGAAAAAAAUUCUGGAUGAAUACGAUGCUCAAGGCUUUUCGAUCUCUUCGCUUGCAUUUUUCCUAGUACAAGUUUGGAAAAUUGUCGAACGCACACACAUUUGGGGAAGCGCCGGACACAAUUCCGGCGAUAACAAAAAGACACACGACUUCAACAAGACUCCGGUCAUUUUUAAGGAAAUUCGUGUGUGUUCAGAGUUGGAUUUAUUCACAGAAGACUUAAGUCACGUAUACCUAGCCGUUCUGCGUGGGAGCGGCGAUUUCAUCGUCAACCAAGUUAUGAAAGCGCACGAAAACGCGACCGAAAUCUCUAGGACUCUCCUGCGCGGGCGAUGCGCAGUCUGGGAGGAGCCCAAGUCUGAUCCCAACUUCAAAACCGUUUUGGAAGAGUUUCAGUCCGAAAAAAAUACACAAGAAGCCAGCGCGGUCAUCCCGGGUGUCGAUUCAGACUGCUCGCUGGACGCACGCCUAUCAGAAAUACAGGUUUGCACUAAAGGAGCCUGCGGAAGCAUUGAGUGGACACAAGACUGGGUCGUUAAUCUCAACACCAUUGUCAAUCUGCAUUUAUACCUAAACAUCAGAAAGGCUGGUGGACCAAUGGAAGUUACCUCCAUACAAUCAAUUUAUCUGCUUCCUGAAAAUAUUAAGUCUGGAUUGGAAGGUUCCAAUAUCAAGUUCUACGCCGAUUCCAGCAAUGCUCGUUUUGACUGUGACGGUGUGAUUAUGGAUGACGUAAAAACGAAACCAAGAAGCGUAGACUGCGACUUGAUUGAAAACCUAAAUUUUGUCCCGUACGGUGCAACAUCAUUUGCGACGGAGUAUGAAUUUGUUCGUGCAUGUUUCGAAGUAAUCCUAGAGAAUUCAACUCGGACAAACUUGGAAGAGAAAAAAAUCACCAUUUUCAGACAAACAAAUGAAUCGAUUGUUAACCAAGUCGUUAGCUGGUUAAAGGAUGCCGGCAUCUCAUUCAGCAGCAAGCAGCAGCAGAUUCAGGUUGAAGAGAGCACAUUCUCUGAUGGACCGAAAUCGUGGAAUCGAAAAAUUGACGUGGACUCGUCUGAUGGGCAUGUGUCAAUUUUAUGGAAUGCCGGUGACAGCCAGCUACAAUUACCAUGUUUCAGUAACGCAGAUAACAUGUAUUUGAUAGUGAUAUCGCCGCAUAAAACCCGCAGCGUUAUUGGAGUUGGAUAUGCGUCUAUUUACGAGCAAAUUAUUGGCACGUAUAGAUUUACUCUAUUUAAAAAGGUCGAGAACGUGUUGCAGCCGCGGUCAUUCAAAGUGGAUAAAAAUUGGAGACUCAGCGUCGAAAAUUUGGAAAAGGAUGGAACACAACCGAGAGAAACUGUUCUCUUGUUCAUUGAUGAUCCUACGCUCGCAACCCCGCUUUUCCCUGUGAGAGAUAUCUUGAAUGAGCUAGUCGAGUACAACGCCAGGUGUUAUAUCAUACUGGACAAAAACGUCCCCAGCUACGAGCCACCUACUAUGCGAAGUCAUAGAAUAUACGAACCGCAAAUUCAGAGAGAUGUGGUAGUGAAUGUGCUCUUGGACGGUCGUUGGGGGCGCUAUCAAAAACAGGAAAUUCCCAAAGCAGUCCUGACAUGCGUGUUGCCUACCAUGAAGGAGCCCGAAAGAAAUCAUUCGGAAGAAGUCGACAUCAAAUACCUCGGCCUCAACGAAAUAGACUACGAUGGUUGUGGGGGUGGAAUUACACUGAUGGAUUAUUCAGGGGUUACAACUUCCGGUCAGCGCGUGAUGGGCCUGGCCAGCAGAAAGGACAAAGUUGGAGAGAAAGUCGUACUGGACCCAAUAUUUCGAUGGGAACUGCCACCAGGAAUUUCUCUCGAGGUCGCUGCCACCUUGCCAUACGCUUAUUUAAUGGGAAACUUGGUGAUUCGAGGCUGUGAUGUGCUGGAUCGAUGUGCAAAGCAAGUAAUGGUCCACAGUGGCCAGACGCCGGUCGGAAUGAUGUGCAUUGCGUUAGCCCUUCACGAAGGUCACAGUGUCUUUUCCACAGUCCCCAACGACGCUGCAAAGGAGGUGAUCUUGAAAAAUUUCCCCCAGAUUCCAGCCUCCCGGAUCACGAAUCACACAGUCACGAACUUCUUCGUGCCGUUGAUGAUGGAGACGAAGGGACGCGGGGCGGACUUGAUCAUCAGCGACCUGCCGGAGGCCGGGAUGAUCAACUCCUGGGGCUGUAUCGCGGAGCUCGGGGCCUUCAUGAACCUCAACGGGUCCGCCCCCGCCCGGAACGUCAAGCUCCCCAUGUUCCAUUUCAACGGGAUUACCUCCUUCCGCAGCUUCGCCCCUCGCGACAUCGCCGCCUUCUCGCCGGAACGGAAGCGGCGUCUCCACGGACUCGUCGAGGAGUGGAUCCACAUCCUCGCUGCGCAGGAACCCUCCGUCAAUAUCCCGUACCGGAUUUUCGCUCCUCACGAGAUCAACAGAACCACUCCCGCUUGUCUUAAACCUGGAGAGAAGCUCUUGUUAAACCUUCAAGACUGUAAGAAUACAAUCAGAAGCAUCACUGAGAGGGAUGGAACAAAAGCAAAACACACUGAUUGUCCUCACGCUAACCCUUGUGUUUAUUUUAUUUUAUGUCCAUCGUCAGCAAAUGCAAUUCCCCUCAUGAAGAAGCUGGUACAGCGCGGGAUUAAAAAGUUCGUGGUUGCGACUUUGAAUUCGCCUCCCAACGCAGAUGCAACAAGCGUAUUGCAGGCCUAUGCGAACAAGUAUGAUGCCUCAGUUUCAGUAAUGUCAGGUAUCAGCGCAUCCUCGCAGAAAGACGCUGAAACAUUGAUAAGCCAAGUGUUGAAACUCGGACAAAUUGAGGCAGUUUUUAUUGUUUCGUUGGAACAAAAUACCGGCUUCGUGACGGAUGUCAAAGAGAUAGUGAUAAGCACGAUUCCACAAGUUCCUAUCAUCAACAUUCACGACAAAAAAUGUGCAAUGGUUGAAGGUGUGAUAUCUGUGAUCCGUGAUGGCAACGUGGACCACACUGAAGUCCUUGAUCAUGCUCUUUUGAAUAAAAAUAGAGAAGCCGUGUACCUUGUGUCCAAAAGGACCAACAACGUUCAAAAAACCUCUGGAAGCAACGAUACAAAUCAAAUAAAAGACUUCUUACCCUCAUCCAUGGCGGAAAUUGAGGAGAUUGGACGCUUCUUAACAGCCGGAGACAUUAAAUGUGACAGCCAGUCUUGUGCUAAAUUCAUCUCGAUACCUUCGUCAGCUGGGCGAGCUCUUCGCGCAGAUACCCGACCCGUGUUCAUCAUUUCGGCUUUUUGCGGAUCUCACAUGCAAUUCCUCGUCUCCAGGCUUAUGUACCCCUGUUUCAUUGCUCAUACUCGUCUUGUCGCAAAAUCCAUCGAUCAAGUGGCUUCAGAUCUUCUUAGGUCGAUGCUUCGAAUCCAAAAGAGAGGUCCUUUCACGAUCGUGGCCGAGACGUGGAGUGGAGGUCUCGCGAUGACCCUUUCAAGGCUGCUCGCGAGCGCAGGGCACGACGCAACUUUGUUCCUGCUGCAGGGAUUCCCAGACAAGAUGAAAAAUUUACUCCCUCCUAAAGAGUCUCUCAGCAAACUUUUGAUCAACACCCUAUUUCCGAAAUCUAGAGCUGGUCAUGAGAUCCAGAAUCUAAAACAGGCGAUCAGUCAGUUACCUGACGGUCAUGACAAAGCACUCAUAGAGCGAGCUGCUGAAGCAAUUUUGCAAAGCCUGGAAUUUUUGCGAUGUUAUGAUUCAGGAGAGAAGCUACAGCAUGAAUUGGUUGCAAUCGAGGUUGGAAGAUUAAGUCGACUCACCGCAAACGACAUUAACCAGAAAACAGAUAAAAAAGCGCAGCUCAUCAAAUCAGACCGAAAGACUCUCAAAGAAUUGCUAAUUGAUCCAGUCGUACCAGCAACGAUCAAUGCAGAGGCUCCGUUCUCGUGGAAUACUUAUUGAUCCGCUUUUAGAUGGACGAAUUGAAGCAGAAGAUGAAACUAUCUCCAUUUAAACCCGCAGCUUGAUCU